GCCAUGCAAUCUAAAAGGCAAGCUGAUGAGGAAUACCAGAUUCUGGCAAACUCCUGGCGAUAUUCCAGUGCAUUUACCAAUAAGAUUUUUUUUGCUAUGGUAGAUUUUGACGAAGGCUCAGAUGUAUUUCAGAUGCUAAACAUGAAUUCUGCUCCAACCUUCAUUAACUUCCCUGCUAAAGGGAAGCCUAAACGGGGUGACACGUACGAACUCCAGGUGCGCGGCUUUGCGGCUGAACAGCUUGCUCGCUGGGUGGCUGACAGAACGGAUGUCAAUAUUCGUGUGAUAAGGCCACCAAACUAUGCUGGACCAUUGAUGUUAGGACUGCUGCUGGCUGUCAUAGGAGGCCUCGUAUAUUUGCGUGGAAGCAACCUGGAUUUUCUGUAUAACAAAACUGGCUGGGCAUUUGCUGCUUUGUGUUUUGUGUUAGCAAUGACUUCAGGCCAGAUGUGGAACCACAUUAGAGGUCCGCCCUAUGCGCAUAAGAAUCCCCAUACAGGACAAGUGAACUAUAUCCAUGGAAGCAGCCAAGCCCAAUUUGUGGCAGAAACACACAUUGUUCUUCUGUUUAAUGGUGGUGUUACUUUAGGAAUGGUACUCCUCCAUGAAGCUGCUACUUCUGACAUGGAUGUGGGGAAAAGAAAAAUCAUGUGUAUUGCUGGUAUUGGCUUGGUGGUGUUGUUCUUCAGCUGGUUGCUGUCUGUCUUCAGAUCUAAAUACCAUGGCUACCCGUACAGUUUCCUAAUGAGUUAAAGGAUUCCAGAAUCUGUAACAUCAGAAAGGUGGCGACUCUGAAAUUGCGUGUAAUGGAAUGGAAGAGCUAGAUGUGUAUGGUUCGUGCUACCUCUCUUUACACUGAAUGAGAUAGUUAAACACUGAACCAAAGACGACAUGCAGUGCCUUAAACAUAACAAGGAAUUUACUCUGAAGGACACAGAGUAUAAGAUGCAAUCUCUUUUUCGUAAGCUUUACAUCUUCUUAAACAGCUCUACUUCUAGUGAAACUCAGAACUUAAUGCUUAGAACUACCUUUCCGUAGACUAACUAGAAACAGUACUUUAAAUUCAAUUGGAUAAUCUGUUUCCCCUAUGUUUCUCUUCCCCUCAAAUAUUUAUCACUUUAUUUCUGUUUGUGCAUAGCAGGUGGCAGUAGCUUCUCUGUCAUGCCUUUUCACGGUUGAGAAAACAUCUUCAUCUACCUGGAAAUCUUCUCCUUCAGUCUGUGUGCAACCCUUGGAGCAUACUCCAAAUUCCAGUGUGGAAUGUGCAUAUCCUAGAGCUGUAUCUCAUUUUUGAGAAGCAUACUUAACUGCUGCAUGAUGCAAGAGGUUGUUUCACAGAUGAAGGGAGAAUUUUCAACAGGUAGAACUGAGUUAAGUCAAUUAUUCAUUAAAAACUUUCUUUGCCAAAUGCUGAAACCGUGACAUUUGAGUUGUACGCGUUGGCUCAGAGCUGAAAAAAAUACACAGACCAUCACUCACACUCAAAAAUACAAAACAAAGCUACAAAGGUAACUAGCUAUCUGUAGCAUGAAUUAAAGGUUGCUAGCAGUCUUUCAAUUUACUGCUCAGAGCCCUGACAAACCAACAGGUAUCAGAUUUUUGGUCACUAUGUAAGUUCUUGCAUUCUCCAUUUACUUUCUGCAAGUUUUUAUCCUUGGAGAGGAUAUGGGAGUGGGCAGAGAGAUCUAAUCCCAGGAUAAAUUAUCGUUACCCCGGGAAUGAUUUAGCCUUACAAUUGAAUGCACGUGCUUUUUGCUCUCUUGUUUUAUUCUCUUAUCUCGCAAAGAUACUUUGCCUUAAGGAUUCUUGAGUGGAAGACAUUGUGCCUCAGCCCAAACUGUUGUGUAGUUCAGCACCUGUACUACAGGAAAUCUUUGCAGCCUGAUUCAGUAAUCCUUCCAUAGGCUGUGGUGGCCUUGGAGG